AUGGCACCAAACGAAUUUGCUCCUUGCACCUUAAGUCAGAUGUUGGGGAAGACAGAUCCAUGGCAGAAUAAUCGUGUUCAAGAUGUGUAUCAAAAAAUAAUUCGGUCUAUUAUUAAGUCCGUCGUCCGACUGGAGUUGAAAGGUAUAAUGCGUGGCCCUUUGGAUGUUGACAAUAUACAAAUCGAUGAAAACUAUGAAGCCAAUAUCCCAAUUGCUGCAAAUCCUGAAACUGUUUUGAGAAGUUAUAGGCAAGAAUUUGUACUUUUAAUGGAAGCAAUACUGGGGAAAAAUCAUAGAAGAACAGUAGAGCUAUCUCACUUUUUUAACAUGAUCCGUUGCGAAAGGGAGUGGUACCGAUUCGAACAAAUAAUUUACCAUCCCCUUCUCCGGUCUCCAACGGAGAGGUUUCACUAUUACAUUGAUGGUCUAAAGCAUCUCCAGUAUGUUCAAUGUGCUGAAAACAAAAACAUCAAAGACUUGUUCACCAUCCGAUGGAAUGAGAAAGUUGAUAUCAAAGGAGCUGUGGGUGGCUUGGAGGGUUUUCAAGGUGUCUUGAGUGAAAGAGAAUAUGAGGACAAUGUGUGGGGUGCACUUGAAUUCUCAAGCAACGCCUGUCUCGACGUUAAUGAUAAUUUGUUCAAUCAAGAAUAUCUGACGCAAAAUGAAAUGGAAGAAAAGCUUAGCUCGUUCUUCCCAAAACUGUUGUUGCAAUUAUAUACUUUCUUGAUUGAACUCUAUACUCAUGUGGACUUGAGGGAACACAUCAAGGAAGGAGAAGAAGAAACCUAG